AACGCCAAACAGAUACGAGAUCAUAUUUGGAUGGAGGUGUCCCACUUCGUCUCCACAAACACCCAAACCAUCCGAGUCCAUGGAAGUGAAUAGGUGUUGCAGCACAUUCACCAUAACUCCCACUGCCACUGCGUAUGAAGACGAGUAGCAUGAGCAUGGGGUUCACACUAUCACUAUCCUCUUCCUCAUCAAUUAUUUUCCACCCUUGUACUAAAACACAUGAUGUUUUCUGUUUAGCAAGAUAUCACAAGAAAAAGAGGAAGGGAAUUAGAAUGCAAAUCGCUUCAUCAACGGCGCAGGUUUCAGCUCCUUCCAGGACUCAGGAACUGGUGAACGCGGAUGAAGGCGAGAACAGGGUUCAGAAAAUAAUGGAGAACAUUUCAACAGUAAGUGAAGCAGGAGGUGCAGGUGGUGCCUCAUCUUAUCAUGCUUUAAAGCGUUUAGACCAACUGUGGCUUGAAAUUCGUACACAUAAGUCAGAUGCUAGUGCUCCUACAGAAGUGGUGAAAUGUCUGUCAGGUUCCUACCUACAAACAGGAAGCAAACCUAGAAUGUUACAAUUUGAUGUGAUUAUUUGUGGAGGUACCUUAGGCAUAUUUGUGGCGACAGCUUUAAGCUUAAGAGGUCUGCGUGUAUGCAUUAUUGAGAAAAACAUUUUGAAAGGGAGAGCCCAGGAAUGGAACAUAUCAAGGAAAGAGCUCAUGGAACUUGUAAAAGUUGGCAUAUUAUCAGAAGAUGAAAUUGAUGAGGUCAUUGCAGUAACUUUCAACCCUAAUAGAUGUGGUUUCAUGGGCAGAAGUGAAGUCUGGGUAGAGGACAUUCUCAAUCUUGGAGUUUCUCCAGUAAAGCUCAUCGAUAUUGUGAAACAACGUUUCCUAAGGCUAGGAGGAAUGAUAAUUGAGGGCCAUUCUGUUUCAAGUAUCCUGACUUAUCAAGAUGCUGCGGUUGUUAAACUUGAUAAUGGAGAGGCUUUAGAUGCACACCUCAUUAUUGAUUCAAUGGGGAACUUCUCCCCCAUUGUCAGGCAGAUAAGAUCAGGAAAGAAGCCUGAUGGUAUGUGCCUUGUAGUUGGGUCGUGUGCCCGUGGUUUCAAAGAAAAUUCUACAAGUGAUAUAAUUUAUAGCAACUUACCAACAAGAAAAGUUGGAGAAUCAAGAGUUCAAUACUUUUGGGAGGCAUUUCCAGCAGCUUCUGGUCCCCUGGAUCGCACUACCUACCUUUUUAGUUAUAUGAAUGCACAACCAAAUUGCCCUUCACUAGAGCAAAUGUUGGAGGAUUAUUGGGACUUGAUGCCAGAAUAUCAGGGUGCUAGACUUGAUGAUUUGGAGAUAUUGCGAGUGGUUUUUGGAAUUUUCCCAACAUAUCGUGAGAGUCCACUGCCAGCAGCAUUUGAUCGCAUUUUACAGGUUGGUGAUGCUAGUGGAAUACAAUCUCCUAUUUCUUUUGGUGGAUUUGGAAGCAUUUCACGUCACCUCGGCAGAUUAUCAACUGGUACUACAUUGUCUAUAAAUCACUCAUUAGAUUUAUUGUGGAGAUCAGGUUUCUUUGCAUGUCUAAACAUUGUGUGUAUCCAUAUAAGCAUGUGUGACUUAUAGUUUAUUAAAUCAUAA